GUCCGUUCUUUCGACUUUCUCUCAACACGGUACGUUGUAAUUUGGGUAAACAAACCGUGGAAGACCCCAUAGGGUGCCAAUAUUUCACCAUUUCGUCCAAAGAGACGACAACUACUCAACAGUCGACGUAAGUUCUAGGUGUGGGAGAAAGGAAGCAUAUUUUCUUGUUGCUGACAUCAAGAAGUACACUCUUGAAAAUUACGAUGAACACUACAAUAAACACUACAGAUACAGAGAACUCCUCUGACGGGCAGUCACCUGGCCCCAGCUCUCUACAUAAGACGAUCUUCACAGUACUGUAUUCGAUGACCAUAUUUGUGGCAGUGGUCGGAAAUCUUCUUCUGAUCUUCAUCAUCAAAAGAAGACCAGAAACAAGAUCGCUGACUGGUUUCCUGUUUGUCAACAUGGCCGUCGCUGACCUUCUGGUGGCUCUGAUUGCUAUACCUGUCAACCUGCAUAUCCUGCACGGUGGUGGGGUAUGGGCAACGGGAAUGUUUGGAAAUGUCACGUGUUCGCUUACGUUUUUCACGUUUUAUGUCACACUCAGCGCAUCCAUUUUAAGUCUGUUGAUUAUGUCAGUGGAUCGUUACUUUGCAGUUGCCCGUCCUCUUCACCGUUUUGAGACGUUUCGAAAGGCUAGAGUCCUAACUGUGUUUAUUUGGUUGAGUGCAAUGCUUUUCUCCAUUCCAGCUGCUAUUAUUUGGAGGCUUGUUCAUUGGCCUCAAACUGAGGGUUUGGUUUGCGGUCCAAAAUAUGAAGAGCUUGGCAAAUUUGGGACGAGGGUUUUCUACACUUACCUCGUUCUAAUUAUGUACCUGAUUCCACUUAUCAUAAUAAUUACCCUUUAUUCUCGGAUCUGCCUCACGCUUUGGCACCGAAGUAUGCCGGGUGAAGCUUCGUCCGAAAUUGAGAAACGUAACGAGAUUACGAAGCGAAGAGUUGUGCGCAUGCUCGUCAUAAUCACUGCUGUUUUCGCUCUUUGUUGGUUCCCGACUCACUUUUUUCAUUUACUUAUUGCAUAUCGUCCUGACGUCUUGUCGAAACUUCCGUAUUACGUAAUGAUCCUUUGCUUCUGGUUGGGUCACGCAAACAGUGCGGUAAACCCAUGGCUGUACAUGAUGUUAAAUGAGAAAUUCCGCAUCGCCCUCAGUGCUACUGUACGCGGAAGGGAUCCAAGAAUGCGAUCCGGCUCAAACAGAACCCAGUCCACCACAAAGUACACUUCAAUCAAAGGCGGCAAUUCGUUCAAGACAAGACAGUCAAAUCGAGAAAAAUCCAAAGCAGAAACAUUCAUGUGAGACGAUAUGCACUUAAUCUAACCUAAUGCUUAUCGGACUUCUUCAUGUAAAACCGCCAUCAAAUGUCCUGCUGCCAUAGAAAGCGCGAUUUACGACAUUCAGUAAUUUAGAGUUCUGCGUGCGAUAGUGUCAGAAACGUUGGAGUGCAAUUGAUAGUUGAUGGUUGUCAUUGCCGUUUGACAAAUUUUUCAAUGUUCUCCCCCGCAAAGAGAGUCAGCACGUGAGGGAAGAAGAAGAUCGAGUGAUCCUUUGCCAAUAUUUCUAUGUCGAACCUCCUUACCUGAGAACAGACGCAAGAUUCUCAGACAAGAAUUAACUGACUUAGCUAUAGUUGCAACGAUCCCUCCAUCAUUUGUUACUCAACGGUAUUUGCUAGAAUUUAAAAUCCGUAAGGAGACACUGAUUGAGCCCUGGUGAGCCCAACCUUGACCAGCGCGUUUUUUUGUUUUUUUGUUUUUUUUCGGUUUGGCGGCUCUUUUUUAUCGAAUUUUUUUACCCCGUAACCCUUGUGGAUAUAGUAAGGUUUGGUGCCGAAAACACUUUGUUUUGUUUAUUGAUAGUUUUUGUUUUUUGUUUAUUAUAUUGUUGUUAUAAUCACUAUUAUAGAAUGACUUAUCAAAAUCAUGAUGAUCAGCUUGAAAAAAGGGCCACCGUGCUCCAGCCAAUAGUGUUAUCCUAAUGCAAAAAAAUUUGUUUAGUUAUAAAACUGUUCUUAAUUGUAAGUGUGUUUCUUCCACGCCCCACAUUUAUGCUGCCAAAGAAAGGAGACCAAGGCCAGAAUUGCUUUCUGAGAGCAUUCAUUACAAGAUAUAAAAUAUGUAGAGCUUGACAAAGCUCACGAUUU